GCAAGUAUCUCAAAAAAGAAACAGACUCUCACAAAUAAAAUAUUGAAGUCUGAAGGAGCUUUCGAGACAACAGAUGGAAAAGUUUACUUCACUGACCAACAGUUCAUUAUAGAACAUCUCAUUGACUUAGAGUCGAAAUAUUCUAAACUUUACAACAAACACAAAAAGUUGAAAGGAAAACAAAAACAAAUGGCAUAUGAUAUUUAUGAAGAUGUUGACGACACAACUGUUCCUGCAGGUGAGGUAAAGUCAGAGAAACCGAAAAGUGACGAAAAACCGAUAGAAGAAGAAAAACCAAAAACUGAAGAUAAACCAAAACCAAAGUUUAGUUUGGAAACUAAACCAAGUCAACCUUCAUUAGCUGGUAUGGGUUGGCGUCAAAGACUUAUGGCAGCAGGCGGUUAUGUAAAGUAA